AUAAAAUCUCCCCUUACUAUGUCGGUUGGUCCCAGAUACGAAGAAACAAGGGGCAAAUAACUGAUUCUGCCAUCUGAUUUACAGAUCAUCAUCAGCUUCUAUUACUGUUCCACCGGUGAAUCGAACUCUGACCUACCGUUCUCUUUCCGUCCGACUGUUCGAAAAUUUGAGAUUCCAGUGAGCAACAAUCUACCCUCUUUCAACCAGACACCCCCCUUCUUUGUAGUUGAUAGUCUAAAAAAGAUGCGAUCUUUAUGAAGAAAAUAUUGAGGUUUGAUUUGAAGGAGGGAUGUAUCUCAGAAGCAUGGAGGAGUUCUGGGCUUUCUACAUGAACCAGCACGCGAUGGCAGCAACAAGGCGGUGGCACUUUGCAGGCACACUCUGUAGUAUACUGUGGUUAAUAUACUCGGUGAUGUUCAACCGGUGGUGUUUGGUUUUUGUGCCUCUGUUUGGUUAUGGUUUCGCGUGGUACAGCCAUUUCUUUGUUGAAGGGAAUGCUCCUGAAACUUUCAGGCACCCCUUUUUGUCCCUCUUGUGUGAUUUCAAGAUGUUCGGGUUGAUGCUCACUGGUCAGAUGGAUAGAGAGAUUAAGAGGCUUGGUAAGAGGCCUGUCUUGCAAGCUUACUGAGCCUUUUCUUUCAGUUGUCAUUUUCUCUUUUGUUCUUUUGAUGAUUGUUGGACUUGGGAGGAUGAUAUAGGGGGAUUUGGUGUGGGGGGAGGGUGACUUUCAAUGUUUCUGUUGUAUCAUUAUGUAAGUAUAUGAUGAAUUCAUGAUAGUUGUUGUUCUGUUAA